CACAUCACUCCGAGAUAUCCCUUUGUUCUUUGGCAGUCUGAAACAAGAGGCGUUCACUGUCCUUUGCACCCGCCGCCGCCUCUCGCCAUGAAGAAGGUUGUGCUGAAGCUGGACCUGCACGACAACAAGCAGAAGCAGAAGGCCAUCAAGGCCGUCUCCACCCUUCACGGUAUCGACCAGAUCGCCGUGGACAUGAAGGAGCAGAAGAUGACGGUAGUCGGCGCCGUGGACCCCAUCGACGUCGUGGAGAAGCUGCGUGCCAAGCUCUUCCCCACGGCGAAGAUCGUCUCCGUCGGCCCGGCCAAGGAGGAGAAGAAGGACGACAAGAAGCAAGGCGGCGACAGGAAGGACCCGAGCAAGGACGUGGCGUACCUGCCGUACUGGUUCCCGCCGCCGCCACACCACCCGCACCCGUACUACUUCGCCGGCAGCGCCGAGGAGGACCCCAACUCCUGCGUCAUCUGCUGAUCGACGCGCGCCGCCGCCGCCGAUGAGGGAGAUUCCGCUGUACAUUUUGUAGAUAAUAGCCUGCCUGCCGCUCGAUCAAGGAUCAUGAUCAUCAGUGGUGAUCGUCGGCGUGCCGUUUUAUAACUGUGUGGUGAUCGGGCAGCUGUGUAUCUGCCGAGUUUGUAAAGUGAAGAAGAUUCGGAACUACA